AUGGUUCAAGAGAAACAGGUGGUGGAAGAGAGAAAGCACAUGUUUUUGAACCUCGCAAACAUGACAUGGACGUCUCUGAAUUCAAAUCCAGCACUCUCUUUCUCCACGUUAAGGGGAAUCAAAAACUUCGGCAUAGUACCUUUCAGGAGAGGUUUAAAGCCCACUGUUAUCGGAAUCGCCUCGUGGCCACCACUCCGUUCUUCUUCUUCUUCUUCUUCUUCUGUUAGGGCCAUGUCUUCUUCGUCGUCUUCUCCAUUGGAGGAGACUGUUAAAACGACUGUGGCACAGAACCCUGUCGUUGUUUACUCCAAAUCCUGGUGCUCAUACUCGUCUGAAGUGAAGUCCUUGUUCAAGAGUCUUCAAGUUGAGCCACUGGUUGUUGAAUUGGAUGAACUUGGUUCAGAGGGGUCGCAGCUGCAGAAUGUGUUGGAGAAAAUUACUGGACAAUACACUGUUCCCAAUGUCUUCAUCGGGGGCAAGCACAUUGGUGGCUGCUCUGAUACAUUGCAGAUGUACAAUAAAGGAGAGCUGGAGGGAAUUAUAGCUGAAGCCAGUGGAAAAACAGGUCAGACCUAAGGGAGAUUUAGAGAUGGAACUGUUUGGGGAUUUCUUCGUGUUUUCUUUUUGUUUGAUAUCAGAACCUCUGAAUAAAAUGAUUGAAGUCGAGAUGAUUUGGUGUUUGAAUUUAUUGUCUAUAUAGAGAUAUUCAUUAAGACUCUAUUGUGUUUCUUUUCAUGUAAUUCAAAUCCAAGUAAUAAAUA